AUGACAAAAGCAGCACCUUCGCCUCCACUCCCCGAACCCUCCGCGCUCACCACGCUCAUCUCCGCCACCGACAACCCCCUCGCCGCAACUACGCAUCAAGUCCUCCACAACCUGCAACACCAACACCUCUGGACCUCACUCAAGAUCCACGACCUGUCGACGAAGUUUCCUAUUUCUUUAAUAUCCGGUAUUCCACCGCACCGCGUCUACACUCAUCCCGAUGAGCAGUUAUACAUGGUCGUGCGCGGUUUGCGCGAGGACGAUGUAGAGCUAGAUCGCAUGUUUGUCAUCCCAACCGUCCAGGGCCAAUCGUGGAGCUUGGAGAAGAUGGCUGCGGUGUUCGAUGCGCUGUCUGAUCCUUCUGAUGACGAAGUAGAGGAAGAGGCCAAGGCGGAGACCGAAGAACAGUCCUCGGAUGCAGUGGCUGGCGGCGCGGAUGCAGACAAAGCUGCAAAGUUGGCGGAGUACUACGAAUAUCGGACCAAGGCUCGUCGCACUGGGGAGUGGGGUUCAAAAAGGCUUCUUUUGGCUAUGAUUGAUAAGGGGAUGGGGGGUGAGGGGACUGUUGUUUACUAUGUCAUCCAGGAGGGGACUGUCAAGCCAAGGCAAAAUUAG